AUGGCGACUGUGACACACGCAGAUCCUGCGAGCUCCAUGGCUCUUGUAUCGUCUCUGUUCGCUGACGCUAGUAUGGACUUCAAGAGCAAGGUCCCGGACCACCUUGUUCCAACCUUUGACGAGAUCAGAACUCUUCAAGAUCUGGAAUGUGCUAUUCGAGACAUUGAGGCAAGUCAGGGAGGCAGAAAAUCACUCCGCUAUUUGAGCAAGAUCAAGCCAUAUCUCAAUGCCUUGGACGAAUACUCGAAGGUCAUCGAAGUGUUUGUCAAUGCAAAGCCUGAAAUCAUGGCCUUUGUCUGGGGGCCCAUCAAGCUGUGCUUGUUGAUCGCCUCAAAGCAUGAGAAGGCAUUUGGUUCUCUCCUUUCAGCCUAUGUCAAGAUCAAAGACGCUCUGCCCCAUUUCUCUGCUGUCGAACAAUUGUUUGAGAACAACCUGCAGAUGAGACACGUUCUAGUCAACCUCUACAAAGACAUUCUUGCCUUUCACCUGCGGGUCCUCACUUUCUUCUCCAGACCUGCGUUCCGCGUUACGUGUAGAGCGUUUGAUGAUAUGUUUGGUGAUAUUGUCACCAAUCUCGAGCGUUCAAAAGAGCUUUUCUACUCUUCAGCAAGCAUUGCGCAUUACCAAGCUGCCCAGGAAGCACGGCAACAGAUCGAGGUCAUCUUCAAAACACAACAAGAGACAGUCCGAAUAGAGAAAAGAACCUACGUGCAUGGAUGGCUCAGUCCUCCUGAGCAUCGCGAACGGCACGAACAGCUCUGUGAACUCCGGUCAGAAUAUCCACAAACAGCACAGUGGAUUUUUGAAGAGCCAUGUUGGAAAAACUGGCUCAACAACGAAGAGCAAAGUGGUAGGAUCUUAUGGGUGUCGGGAAUCCCGGGAGCGGGCAAGACUGUGAUAUUUAGUGCCAUGGUCGAAUCUCUGAUCCUCCGAUCCAAGUCGAACUCAUCGUGUGCGGUCGCUUACGUUUACUGCAAGUACAAUGACCGCCAAAGAAAUAGUUUUGCGGAGUUGGCUCGAUCUUUGAUUCAUCAGCUCGCUGGCAUGAAUGAAAUCUGUGGAGACUAUUUGUACGACACUGCCACAAAUAGUAUGGAGAGCAAGGCCCGUGGGAAGCAAGUGCUCACGACUAUAACUCAAGAUGUCCUCCAGUGCUACGAAGAGGUGUUCAUUGGAAUCGAUGGACUCGAUGAGUGCGAGAAGGACCAACGACGACCAGUCCUUGACUUUCUCAAAGAACUGUUCAAGCUCUCUCUCCGGGGUUGCAGUCUUCGUUUGUUCUUAACAAGCCAAGGAGAGCGUGACAUUGAGAAAUUCAUGGCCUUGGCCCGCUACCAUGUGAAGAUUGGGCCACUCCAUCUGUCGAGGGAUAUUCUCUGCUACGUAGAGAGGCGAAGUGCAGAGCUGACCCGGUUCAAUUUGACAAGCCAACAGAUACGUGAUCUGAACAGGGAGGUUUCCGCAAGAUGUGCCGACUUCGAUGAUGAGUACACCGGGAAAGGUCUUCCUAGUGGUAUUGACGAGGCGUAUGGUCGGAUACUGUCCCAAGUCAGGAAAAGAGAGAACGAAUCCGGACGAGCCAGGGCAAAGCCAGUCUUGGAAAUCCUCAGCUGCGCGAAACGGAAGCUUUACGUCCACGAGCUACAAGGCAUGCUUUCGAUGGAUACGACUAAUCGCCAGAUCGAUUUCAGCCGUGGAAGGUAUACCCAGCACUUCAAAGAGAUAUGUGGACCGCUCGUGGAGCUAAACUUGGAUGGAAGUGUCGAUUUUGCACAUCAAACAGUCAAAGACUAUCUUGAUCAGUAUCACUCGGAGUAUGUCAACCUUGGAUCUGCCGCCUUCCACUCUGCUGGCAUACUCACGUCCUACCUUUCACUCGAUUGCUUCGCUUCUACACAUCAAGACGAACAGCUGAUUGAAGCAGCCGAAAAAGGAUGCUUCUCUUUCUACAAAUAUGCUGUCUUCUAUUGGCUACUUCACAUCCAAUGCCUAGGGGAAACCGGUCUCAUAGAGGCUCGAAUCAAUAUGAGUCUCUGCAGGGACGUCCAGGCCACAUACCGAAAUUUGAUUUCCUUCUCUGAGGUGGCUUAUGACGAUCAAGAUGACAUGCAGCUUGAUGGGGGCGCCAACUUUACACUGUUACUUGUACAAACAGAUUCCUUGUACGAGGGGCUUUUGCAAAGUGAUGGUGAGGGCUCACCAAUCGUGCGACAGAUAUCUCGCAUUCAGCGGGCUAUCGAGGCCGUCAUCUCUACCGAAACGGACCGUGACAAGAAGGGAUUCCUCAAAGACGCUUAUGGUCCCCGGCCGUACCACUGUCCAACCCUCUCGUGCUUACGAUUUCAUGACGGUUUCUCAACCCCCGAGGAGAGAGACAAUCACCACCGAACCCAUGAAAGGUCGUUUCUGUGCCCCUUUCAAGAUUGCAGCUUCCACUCCGUUGGAUUUCCGACCAAGAGGACCCUUGACGCGCACGUUGACGCAUUCCAUGUGGCAAGUAUAGUACCACAGUUUUCGAACAUGAAAACCUGCUCGAUUUGGGUUUCUUUGCAGAAUAUUGUCAAAACUGAUGACGAAACGUUAGUCGGUGACAUGUGCAUCGAAGCUGCAAAGCAUCCAGAAAAACCACCAGGGCUGGUUGCCCAUGCCAUUGAGAAGGGUCACUUUAAUUCGGCACGCGCCUUGCUUCACCAUUUCCAUGGCCCCGAUGACCUAGUUUCUGGAAAAGACGGACAAGGAAGACUCAUCCAUGCACUGGCAAGGGCUGGCGAACUAGGUAUGUUGCGACAAAUCCGCACCCGCUGCCCAUCGCUGCAGUGGGCGCAGCGGGAAUAUGUGGAUGCCUGUAUUGCGGCUAUGGAUAAAGGUCACAAGGAUAUGGUCUUAUUCUUGCUUGAUCAAGCGUGCCUCCAGGAUUCUUACCUUGGCCGGGUACAUUCUGCUAGGCUCAUUGGGAGAGCAGCACGAGCUGGUUAUGGAGAUCAGCUGUCGAUAGUUCUCGACAAAGUCGGCCAUCUCUGUUCGCCGAAGUAUUUUGCUGCUUGCUGUCUACAGAUAGCUGGCGAAGACAACGCAGCGGCUCUGAAACCAGUCUUGACCACCUUCUUGAAUGCGUAUGGCCCCCAAGCCAAGAAGUCUAAGCGGUUCAAGCACUUGUAUGAGCUACCUAUCGGCGAUGCAGUGACGAGGCUGAUCGAAGAAACGGUGAGAUAUUCGCAGGGCAAAGAGGGCGGGAGCUUCAAAUCUGCAUUCCAGCGUGCAGCACUCCGUGGAGACGUUGACCAGCUGACAAGGAUGCUGGAUUUGGGGAUUGACAUCAACUGUAGCAGCGGGCAAUAUGGCACCGCGCUGCAGGCUGCAUCCAAAAAGGGCCAUGUCCAUGUAGUCCGCCUCUUAAUCGACCGUGGUGCUCAGGUUGGGAUCUUGGGCGGCAAAUAUGGCCACGCUGUUGCCGCCGCUACCGCCAAAGGCCAGCUGGAAACUUUGGAAAUCUUGCUUGCAGCUGGCGCAGAUGUAUCACAAGAGGCUCAGGCGAACCCCGGGAAGGGACGUCGGAGUACCGGGCUCCCUCUAGUAUCCCGUCCUAAAGCAGCGCCUCCUCUGCAUUUCGCCGCAAGUGAAAUGCAGGAGGGAACAUUGCGAGCGUUGAUCGAGGCCGGAGCCGACGUGAGGGCGGUCGACAGCAACGGCGACACUGCCUUACAUAUGUGUGUCCUAGGCCCAUUCCACAUCGUUUCGCCAUGGAUAUUCCGGUCCGGGCUUCCCUCCUGGACGGAUCCCUCGGUCGCAAGGAGAAUCCGGCGUUCGAGCUGCAUAAUUGCAAAGUUGCUUUUAGAACGAGGCGCCCUAGCCACGGCGCAGAACGAGGCCGGCAACUCUCCCCUACAUCUGCUCUUGGCUACUUACGACAGUAUCAACAAGUCGUAUGGAUCCCACCCCUGUACCGUGCAAAUGGCAAAGAUGUUAUUCGAGGCUGGCGCUAGCUUUGAUCAACUGAACAAUGACAGCAAAAGCGCAAGGGACGUAGCCAUCCAGACGGGCGGACAAGAUCUAGAGGACCUGAAACGUGAAAUUCCAAGUGCAUGGGAAGGGCAUAACCGCUCCGAUCUCGACUGUGAGAUGCGCGGGCACUUUGAGCCUCGCAAGGAUUUGUCACAGUUUGCGUCCCCUGCACUGGGACUGGGGCCUUCGGCAUCUCAGAGCCCUGGUGGUCCGUUCGAAACAAAGCCCUCAUACGCCCCUCUGGAAGCAGAGCAGCGGCCAACGACUCCCGCUGAUGAUACAUCUAUCCUGUCUCCCCUUGUGACCGAUUACCAAUAUACGCCUGGAGACGGAACAUACGGCGCGGCUGACGGGGUAAAUGCGCCCGGUGUCUACGAAGAAGAUCUGUCGAGCAACGGUCUCCACGACCCGGAUUCUGAGCUGUUGACGAACCCCUGGCGAGACGCUUGA